CGUUUAGCGGGUUGCAUACGUUUCCCGGUUAUCUCCCAUACAUUUAGUACAGUGACAUGCAUUUAAUACUUUUUUCCUUAAUUUAAAAUGUGAUUCUGCCGAACAAAUUUGUUUCUUUCGAUAAAACUUGCCAAAAUAUUCAACUGUAAAUUCCACGCCUAGAAUAAAUUCACUUUCUCAUGUAAAAAAAUCAACUUUUAUAAGUCCUCCCCUAUACGAUCCCGUGUGUUUUCGGGAGUUACGAACAUUUAACCUCAAACCCAUGGCCAGGUAUUGGGAGAUGGUAUUGGGUGUACACGGGUGUACUUACUGUUGUAAGUUAUUGUAAGUUGUUGUAAAUUGAGUCAAGUGAGUCAAGUGCCUAUCGACUUUUGUCAACAUUAUCACGUCACGAGAUCUGUCGAAGUAUUAUUUUUCCGGCCUCACACCUAAAAUUCCUGUUUUCGGCUAGUAUCGAACGAAUUGUGCUAUUUGUUGUAAUCACUUGUUGUAUGUAGCCAGAUCAGAGCUCUUUCUUUCACCUGUAUUGAAGUGCAUUUCCAUUCCAUCCCCCAGCUUCAUUCAAGGCUGUUUCCAAAUAUUGAAUUUGCGCUCAUGACAUGAUAUAUCUUAUCAGUGGAGAGAUGUUCAAAUCAUUUUCCUGAAGCUCCAAGUCUAUUCAAUUAUCACAUGAAGACACAUCGCAAAUUUGUAGCGCUACACUUAGAUGGAAAAAUAUGAGCUGAAAAGUUGGAUGGAUCGAAAAUGGGAGAAAACUUCGUUGCACUCAGUUUUUUACCUAUCUCCAUUGGACAGAAUGAAAUCUGGUCAUUCCCCUAAGUUGGCCUUAAAAUCCUAGCCUCUUAUCAAAUUACACCAUGGCUGCUGAUCGUCCUGAAAAUGAUGAGGCUGCUUAUCAUCAACUGUCAGUCACAGUUGAAUGCGCUCAUCUGAGGUGUUCAGGAGGAUUCUUAAAACCGAACCCUUAUGUGGAGAUUAAUGUUGAUGACAACAAGAAUGUCAGAAGAUCAGAGGUUGUCAAGUGCACCUAUCAGCCAAAGUGGAAUGAAGAAUUUACUGUCCUAGUGACACCUCACUCCAAUGUACGGUUGCGACUGUACGAUCAUAAUUCUUUCCGAAAGGAUCACAUAGUAGGUGAGCGAUAUCUCUUUAUCCAUGACCUACUGGUUCAUUACAAUGGAAAUUGCUCUGGACUUGAAUUGACGAUUGACAUGAUGAACGAUGCCAGGAACGCAAGUGCUUACAGUAAAAUUGGAGAACUGAUCAUAUUUAUCAAAAAUCUGGUCGUUGAUAUGUCAUCAGUCAGACCACCCACUACUUUGCAUCCAUUGCAAAUUGCAAGUGCUGAUGCUCAUUAUAAUCCAUUUUAUGGCAUAAGAGCUCGAAUGAGGGGAGAUAGACUUGAAGGAAUACAGUCUCCACCUUCUGCUAUAAUGCAAAACUCAAGUGGUGCUCUCAACUGUGCUCAGCACGCUGCUGCUCAACAUUCCAGCGAAACGACCAAUGCAGUUAAUCAUGCAGCCAACCACGCUGUAAACAGUGCAAUCAGCCAUGCUGUUAAUCAUGUGACAAAUCAUACAUCAAAUUACCCUGCAAACCAUACAUCGAAUCAUGCUGGAAACUACGGCUCAAAUCAUGUAACCAACCAUCAAGCCUCAAACACAGUCGCAGGAAAUAGCUCAGAAACCGGAAACCAUAGUACAGAAGGAACCUCUGCAAAUCAAUCACAUGCCAAUCAUACUAAUGCAGAGUGCUGUCCGAGCAAUGCUCCUAAUGCAGCAUCAUCUGUGCCCUUCACAUAUCCACAGUACAAUAUCUGUUACGACACUGGGAAUAGUACAGAGGGCGUUCCUCGGUCACAUCAUUUAGUUAAUAGUGAGGUGCCGUGUGCCAUGAUAAUGUCUCCUGACCCAUCGCCGUCCCGCCAUGCUCACCCAAUUGUGUACAGCUGUAGCACUUCAAUUAACUCGAAUGCACCAGUUGCUAUGAAUAGUCUUGCGAUCACAACUUCAACGACGGUGAAUACUCAGGUGACUGCUUCAGGGGCUCAAGCACGUCCGUCUCGGAAUCAACCAGUAACACCUGAUACCUCAGCGUCUGGACGAGGAACACCAGCUGGUAGCAAUGGUCCACGAGCCCAGUCAAGUCAAGUGUACGUGCCUCCACCAGCAGCUGGUGCUGAACCUUUGAUUGAUGAAACCUUGCCACCUGGGUGGGAAAUGCGUUACGAUGUCUAUGGCCGUCGUUAUUAUGUAGACCACAAUACUAAGUCCACAUCAUGGGAGAAACCUCAACCGGUGCCUAGUGGAUGGGAAGUACGACGUGAUCCUCGUGGGAGAAUAUACUAUGUUGACCAUAACACACGCACAACAACCUGGCAGAGACCCAAUACAGAAAGCAUUCAACGAUUCCAGCAAUGGCAGGGAGAGCGUCAGCAUGUAAUGGUCCAGGGCAGUCAACGGUUUCUGUAUCCACAGCAUACAAUGGGAGCAGCUUCAUCUUCAGUUUCAGUCGAAGAAGAUGAUGCACUUGGUCCAUUGCCAUCAGGUUGGGAGAAACGCAUGCAACCAGAUGGCAGAAUUUACUUUGUUAAUCACAAAAACAGGACUACACAGUGGGAAGACCCUCGCACUCAAGGGCAAGAGCUUCAACUAGGCGGAGAUGAAACUCCUCUACCUCCAGGAUGGGAGGUACGCCACACAGAAGAAGGGGUUCGAUACUUUGUUGAUCACAAUACGCGUACAACAACCUUCCAGGAUCCCAGACCAGGAGCACCCAAGGGUCCGAAAGGUGUGUAUGGUGUCCCUCGAGCUUACGAGCGAUCGUUCCGUUGGAAGCUCAGUCAAUUUAGAUAUCUCUGCCAAAGCAAUGGCCUACCAAGUCACAUCAAAAUCACAGUCACACGACAGACUUUGUUUGAAGACUCAUAUCAUCAAAUUAUGCGAUUGCCUGCGUAUGAGCUCAGAAGACGUCUUUACAUCAUCUUCAGGGGCGAAGAGGGAUUGGACUAUGGGGGCGUAUCAAGAGAAUGGUUUUUCCUGUUAUCACAUGAAGUGCUGAAUCCUAUGUAUUGUCUAUUUGAGUAUGCCAAUAAGAGUAAUUACAGUCUGCAAAUCAAUCCUGCCUCCUAUGUCAAUCCUGAUCAUUUACUAUACUUCAAAUUUAUUGGUCGAUUCAUUGCCAUGGCACUUUACCAUGGACGUUUCAUCUACUCUGGCUUCACUAUGCCAUUCUACAAGAGAAUGCUGCAUAAGAAAUUAAGUAUGAAAGAUAUUGAAUCAAUUGACCCUGAAUUUUAUAACUCAUUGGUCUGGGUUCGUGACAAUAACAUUGAUGACUGUGGUCUUGAACUGUACUUCAGUGUGGACUUCGAAAUCCUCGGUCAAGUAAUUCAUCACGAGCUCAAAGAAGGUGGGGAUAAAAUAAAAGUUGAAGAGACAAACAAAGAAGAAUAUAUGAAGCUAAUGACUGAAUGGAGAAUGACUCGCGGGAUUGAGGACCAGACCAAGUCAUUUCUAGACGGGUUCAACGAGGUUGUCCCACUCGAAUGGCUUAAGUACUUUGACGAGCGUGAGCUAGAGCUAAUGCUGUGCGGCAUGCAAGAGAUUGAUGUCGAUGACUGGCAGAGACAUACAAUUUAUAGACACUACACUCGUUCCAGUAAACAAGUACAAUGGUUCUGGCAGUUUGUACGUCAAGCUGACAAUGAGAAAAGAGCAAGAUUGUUGCAGUUUGUUACUGGCACUUGUCGUGUUCCUGUUGGAGGUUUUGCGGAACUAAUGGGUAGCAAUGGCCCUCAACGUUUCUGCAUUGAAAAAGUUGGGAAAGAUACUUGGUUACCGCGCUCUCAUACAUGCUUUAACCGUCUAGAUCUUCCUCCUUACAAAAGCUACGAUCAAAUGGUGGAGAAGCUCAACUAUGCUAUUGAAGAAACUGAAGGUUUUGGCCAGGAGUAGAUUAUAGAAGGAAAUUCUCCUGCAAUGAUUGUGCAAAAUAUUUCGAUACUGAAUGUAUCAAGAAUCACAAUAUCCUACCGAGUUUUCGCAUUUUGUAGUUUUGGAUACUUGGCAGUUCUCAUCAAAGCUCCAGUUUCCCGAAGUCAUUCCAUUUUAGAGUGUUGAUUCUAUGAUAUUUUACUGCUCUCACUAAAGCUGCAAUCUACAACUCCCCAUUGCUUUGUGAUUGCAAAGAGCAGGGUGCCUUUGGAAGUAGAAAUAAGUAGAUAAUUUAAUUUUACUAAUAAAGCUGAGAGGUUAUAGAAUUGAUAAAAAUUAUAAUUACUACAGUCGGUGCUCACUUUUCUAUUUGUAAUCAACUUUCUUCUGAUGCAAGAAUUAAUCCACCGAAAAUUGUGAACGGAAUUGAAAGAAGGUGAUACACGGCACUAAAGUACAUUAAUCAAUGUUAAUUUUCUUCGGGAAUUAAUUAUUACUAGGUCCUGCAUUAAAUCACUGAAUUAAGUAAAGAAAAAACUGGACUUGGAUAUGCUCUUUCAACAAAUGAAAGAAAGCACUAACAGCAGUAGUCAUAAUAUUUAUUUUUUCUAGUCAAAGUUAUUUGGAUAGUUACAAAGCUGUUGCUUAGAACGCAUUUUACGCUCUUCUUUUCUGUUUAGGUCAAAGCUUUAGUAACUAAUACCACCGCUUUCUUUCUGAACUAAAAUUUAUUUUAAAUCAGAUGCUCACAUUAUUUUUGAUGAAAUAUAAAUGUCUAUAUAUUUUUAAACUAAGAUAUAAAUAACCCUCCCUCCCUGUCCGGGUAUAUCAUAUGAUUCAAUCAAUAAUAUUUAUCAUUCAAAACCAGUUCAUUUCAAAAGAACAGCAAUAAUUACACUCAGUAAUAAGAAUGAGUGUAAAGAGUCCGCUAUGCAAGUGAAAGAGACCAAUACUUACUUUUUAAUGUCAUUGGAUCAAUGAUGGCCAUUAGGUCUAUAGCCUCUGAUGUUUACUAAUUCUGUAGUAGACACCUGGCAAAUUAUCUACCAAGUUUUUAACUUCUCUCAAGAGCUGAAAAAAUGAAUUGAUCGUGCUUCGCAAAUCAGAAUCUUUAAUUGGCGUGGAAACAAUUUAAACCCUUAAAUGUAUGUAGUGCUGCGUGCCUUUCUUCUUUUGUCUUUGUUUAUUGGUUUAUUUCUUUGUUAUGGCUUAUUAGGUGUCAAUAGUCCAAAAGUGGUGACUAGUGCUUGUUGUUAUUCAAUCAACUCGGUCCAUUUUUAAAAAUACAGACUAUUAUUGGCUCACUGAGAAAGUCAAUCCCUGUGCGCUAACUCAAUGGACAAAACGUGUUAUCUAACCCCACUCACCACUUUUCAAGGCAAGAAAUAAAGGCAUCAAGUAAUAUGUUCCUUCUGACGCAAAUUUGUGAGUUUGUGUUCUGAGCCCUCAACCAUUCGUUGUAUGUUUCUGCACACAGUCAAAAUUUCUUUUCUUUCUGUUUCUUCAAUAAGUAGGCAAUAUGUAGUUAGACUCAGGCACCUUAAAAUAUGCAACGUUAGCUUCAUGUUUGUAUUUUUUCAAUCCCACCCCUUCUCAGCUAAAUCACUCAGAGCUACAUAUAAAAUGAAAAUGCUGGAUUUUUGAUUAAUUUUUAGUGCUGAGUCUGUUAAUGAUCUGAGUUUUCCCCUCUACCCACCAAUUUUCCAGAAAAUCAGGAUAUUCCUCUAAAAAUAGGGUUUUCUGAGGGGAAUUGGUGUAUGUGUACAAGAUAAAGUCAACAGUCUUUUUCAGAUUCUGGAGCUAAAAAUACACCGAAAGCAUGUAUUGCAUGCCUUAACAAUUUUAAAGUUGUGUCUGAUGAAGUUUUUCCGCUCUUAUGACAUGAUUUUCCCAUGUACCCCUUCGUAAAACUUAUCUUUUGGUUUUUGUCUGACAGAUUGGGAAUAUUAUUUCUUUUAGCUGCUUCCAUUUAAUUUUUGGUGCUGAAUGCGAUAUUCUCAGUUUUUUCUCAUUAGCCGCCAAUUUCCUUGCAAAUCGAAUUUUCCAAAAACAUGCAUUUUUUGGCAUGUAAAAUCUUAAUUUUUUAAAAUUAGAUCAUCCGGGAAAUUGGUAGGUGAUGGAAAAUAACUGAUGUCAUCUCCGAAUUUAGCAGCAAAAAUUAAGCGGGAGUGUUUCCAUUAGACACAUUGAUCAAAUAAUUUUCAUGUAUUUUUAGACAAAAACGUAGGGGCUAAGUUUUUACAUGUUAGUGUAUGGGCGGAAUAUGCCAAGUGUCCGGAGAAUCUUGGCUCUCAGACACAGCAGGGAAAUUGUUCAGGCAUGUGUUAUGUGUCUACCUUUGUAUUUGAAGCUGCAGAAUCCAGAAAUAACCCUUGUUCUUCUCUAUCAUGUACCAAGUUUCUAGAAAAGUGGUAGGUGUGGAGAGGAAACUGAGAUAAUUUUUAGAUUCUUUUUCAGUGCGAAAAAUUACAUAGGAAUCAACUAUCAAAUCCUUAGUGUUUUAAAACGCAAAAAAUAUUGUUGCAGGCUUGUGUUAUAUUUCAUGUGAGCUGUACUACUGAAAAAUGUUGGCUUAGUAUUAAAUCGGUGCAAAUCCUCAAUUAGUCAAGAUGAUGUCACGAAUGAUUUCUAGAACAGAUUCAUUCUUUAGUAGUGAUGAAAAAUUUUUGUUAUGUUAUUUUUCAAAAUUUGAUGAAAAAAUAUGUAUUCUCCUCGCUUGAUGCUAUUGCUGAGUUCAAGGAACAGUAUGAUGUUGCUUCUUCAAUUUUAGGUUCCUCGUUAUUUUAGAUAUUGAUGAUUUUAGAUUGCUUGAAGGUAGUUUUGAUUUGAGCAAACUGGACCAGAAUAAUAUUUUCAGCUGAUGGAUCACAAGAUCACCUUCAUCCAUUAAUAUUAUAAGAUGGUUACCCAUUAAACUCGAUAACAACCACCCAGCAACUAAUCAAUAUGGACAUAAAUAAACUGUGUCCCAAACGAUUGAGCUUUUGCUCCAAUUUGUUCUUGUUCCUCCAACCUAGAAUCAACUGGACAACAUUUUGCAAUUAGUAGCUAUAAUUUCUUGCUCUGUUCAGAAACAGUGUUUGUACUAUUAGUUUCCCUAGGCAUAUAAGCGUUUUUACAGAUGAGCCAGAAAUUUUAGUUCCAAAUUGCCAAAUGUGGUCCAACUGUUCUACCAUUCUGCUGUGUCGAGUAAAAACGCUGUAUGUGCAUCUGGAUGUUGCCACAUUUUCCCUGAUAAGUAUUUUUGAGAGAAGUUAUGAAUACUUGGACGUAUUUAUGCUAAAAGGAACUAUGUUGCAUGCAAACCUUAUGCACACAGUUCCUUUCGGCAUAAAUACAUCCACUUUUACUUGAAAUUUUAGAUUAAACUGAGAACUUUCCCUUUCAAUUCGUAUUUUAUACCAGGAUAUUUGGCAACGUCUGAAGGCUCAUUUAGCGUUUUUGGCAGAUUGGCUUCCUUGGUUUCUAUGAAGCCCUACUAACUUAUUAAGCAGAAAAUACUUGGUGAAUCCAGCACAGCAGGUUUAAAAGUUAAUUGAUGAUUUUGAUUAAUGAGCAUGUGGUUAGGAUAUGAAUGUCAGCAUUAUACAUGAUAACUUAUUUUCUCUCAAAAUUACACUCCGAAAACUGUGCGAAGUAUGGAAAAUUCCCAAAUCAUCUAUGUGUAUCGUAUCAGGUCGUAAGGCUUCAUGGUAAAAUGAAGAAAAAUGUCAAGGAAUUAUGUAUGAAAAAGUUUUGAAGUAUUGAAGCGUACUUGUUCUUUGUACUUGAGGGUCAGGUGGACAAUAUUUUACCUCAGGCUAUGUUUCGAUUUGCGGAUGUGGAAGCGAAAUUCCAUGUUUCAUUAGGGUUAGGUAAAACUUGGACGUUGCUAUCUGUACAAAUCGCAGUUUCAGGAGAAAAGCCCUAAUACUUUCUGCAUCUCAGCACCAACCUUGUAAAGACUCUGAUUGUAAAAUUGUAAAAAACCGAGACUGGACUGUUCAUUUAUUAUGUCAAAUGAAGCUAUAUUGUUGAAAAUUCCUCAAAACCUUGUUGAAAAAUAAGUAAUGUAAAUUUUAAGCCGAGGAAACUGCACUGUUCUCAUUUAAAACGAAAAUGUAUCUAAAUUUUCCAUUGGUAAAACAUGAGACUCAGACUUUUAUGCAAGAAGUCGGUUUUCUAAAUACUUCAGUCCAUUCUUAAAUCUAUUCUUUUGUAAUUAUUGAAAAAUGCCCAUGACUUCAGUUUGAAAUUGAAACAUAUCAACAUUUCUAUUCGCGUCUUAUUUUUUUACCGGAUUACUGUCCAACUUAAAUGCUUGAAGGUCUAAGAGAAAAUAGUAUCGUAUGGAAGAAGUUCAAGAUGAAAGUUAAUUUGUUUCCUCAAGCAAGGAUAAAAUAUCAAGGGUAGAUAUUUUGCAAAUUUGCAUAGCCUGAUCUGUAUUUUUGAACUGAGGCCAACGAUUUGAUUGGAAGGCACUUAUUCAUAAUGAAGCUUUAGAGAAAAGCUCCAGCAUCCGAGUGUAUUUUCAUUUUACGAGGAUCUGUAUCCAUGGAGUGGUCCAUUUUGGCAUGAGGAAAGUUGCCUCGUCUCUAUUUUAACAUUGCAUCAGACAGUGUUUUAGACUGCUAGCCAAAAAAAGAUAACCUCUUGAUGAGGUGUAUCCAUAGAUAGCAAACUUAACUGCAAUUUUAGUCCCUUGAAAAUUAAGCGAAUAUGAAGCUUCCUGAAAUAAUAUUGUGGAUCGCCCAUAGAGGUCUCCUAUGUGGAGGUCAAUUCCGUGCGUCACAUUAUUUGCGCUGUGCAAUAAAGAAAGAAAUCGUGGGAAGUUUGUACGUUUGUAAGUCCUCUUUCUAAAAAAUAAACUGCCAAAACAGAUAUCCACUGUCAUGCCUUAAAUGAUUCGACACGUUUUAGUCUCAGGUGUCAACUUCAAGGGGCACUGCCGUUCGUUUUUCCUAAUUACUAGAAGUGGACCAUUCUACCGUAAGUACCAUAACGUGGUGUCUUGCAGAAUGCUGCGUUUUCCUUCUCUUCAUCAUGUGUAUCCUGUAUAUGUAUGUGUAUCCUGUAAAUAAUUUCAUUUGUUAUGAGAAUGGACUCUCAGUAAUAUUUGUUUGUGAACUUGGUGGAUUUUAAAUAAAGUUACAACUGUUAUAUUUAAAAUAAA